AACAUCACUUUUUUAUCAAUAAAAGUACGAGUGUGCCUUGUCACAUUAAAAAAAAAAAAUCACCUGUGUUUUGAUAUUCUUUUGAUUUUUUUUUCCUUCAAGCUUACAGAUAUUUUGACGGCUAUAGCCCUUUAUUUAGCUGUUCAGGAUUACAACAAAGUUUUGUUUAAAAAGCAAAAACUGCUAAUAGAACUGGAUAAAUAUGCACCUGAUGCAACUGAGCUUAUCCAGACUCCUAUGGAAAUGUACUAUAUUCCUCUCAAAGUAGCACUGUUUUACCUGUUGAAUCCGUACACUGUGUUGUCUUGUGUAGCAAAAUCCACCUGUGCCAUCAACAAUGCUAUAAUUGCAUUCUUCAUUUUGGCAACAAUAAAAGGUAGUACCUUUCUGAGCGCUAUAUUUCUGGCAUUAGCAACAUAUCAAUCUCUGUACCCUCUUACCUUGUUUGCACCAGCACUUCUCUAUUUAUUACAGCGUCAGUUCAUAUCAAUCAAAAUGAAAAGCAAAGAGUUCUGGUUGUAUACCGUACAAUAUGCGGGACUAUAUUUGGGAAGUCUUAUAGUGAUAAUUUGCCUCUCAUUCUUCCUCCUGAAUUCAUGGGAUUUCAUUCCAUCUGUUUAUGGUUUCAUCCUUUCUGUUCCAGACCUGACACCCAACGUUGGCCUUUUCUGGUACUUCUUUGCUGAAAUGUUUGAACACUUCAGUCUCUUUUUUGUCUGUGUUUUUCAAAUCAACGUCUUCUUCUACACUAUUCCCUUGGCGCUAAAAUUAAAGGAACAUCCCAUCUUCUUCAUGUUUGUUCAACUGGCCAUCAUUUCCAUCUUUAAGUCUUACCCAACUGUAGGUGAUAUUGCUCUCUACAUGGCCUUCCUCCCUCUCUGGAGCCACCUAUAUCAGUUCUUACGGAAUGUCUUCAUCCUUUCCUGUGUACUCAUUGUCUGCUCCCUGCUGUUCCCAGUUUUAUGGCAUCUCUGGAUUUACGCAGGAAGUGCAAACUCCAAUUUUUAUUAUGCAAUCACAUUGACAUUCAAUGUAGGACAGAUUUUUCUCAUCUCAGAUUAUUUUUAUGCCUUCCUGCAGAGGGAAUACUACCUUACUCAUGGAAUCCACUUAAUAAGAAAAGAUAGGACAGACCCUGUAUUGGUUCUCAAAUAAUCCUGGCAUUUGACAUGACUUGAGGAAUAGACAUUUAUGAAAAACAGAUGAUACUUGGGUGGGGGCCUGAUUUUUGGAAGAUAUUAUUUUGCAUAUGGAGAAUGGUCUGACAUUUGGGAAUACUCUAAUCCUGGUACUAAGAGCUUGUGAUCAAGAUGGAAGAGUCUACAUUUGUAUCCUGUAUCCCUAUUUAAGGCUGUUUCCUCCAGCCAUAAUGUUGCUGUGAACCCCAGUCAACAGUCCCUGGGAUUCAUCAGGUAAAAUGCAUUGGGAUUGACAACCAAGGUGAGCUUUUGCACCUAGAAGCAAGGCAGUAGCUGUUGAUGAUGAUUAUAAUUUCUGGGAACACUGUUGAGAGCUUACUUUUUCCAGGAAACAAAUAAUAUGCAUUUGUUUGGUUCUUGCAGCUUUGCUUCCUUUGUUCUAAUUGUUCAUUUACCUGCCUAAAUUUACAGCGGUCUUUCGGGAAUGGGCAGAUACAUGGAUCUUCUUGUGCUAAUACUAGAAGCUGGAAGGCCUGAUACAAGGCAACAUGAUGCUUUAGAAAAAUGGUUGAUUUAGUACUAGUCUGAAUCAGUCAGUCAGACAUGGAGAGUUAAAUUCCAGAUUUUAAAAGACAGUGGUCAUGAAGGUCAGGAUUAGGGUUGGGUCAUGAGGUGGAUAGAAUUUGCUCACCUUCCUUUAAGAGAAAAUAGUGCCUCUCCCUGUGGAGAUGCCACUGUGUCAUUUGGAUAUGGUUUUAAGGAGGAGAGGUUAACAUCGUGUGAUAUAGGAAACCUUCCCCCCUCCCUUCUCCCGUGGAAUGCACAUGGGCCUACAUGGUCAUGGGUGGGCUGUGUAGUCCAUUUUUUAAGAGGUGCAUGAAAUAAUUCCUCUGUCUUUCCUACCAUCAUUCAAUUUUGGGAGCAUAAUAUGUAUUUUCAUUUUUCUGAUUUUGUGGCAAAAAUCAGAAAGCACAAACGUUUUAACUUCUCUCCAAAUCAGAGCAAUGUAUUUCCAUAUGAUGCUAAGCCUUUACAGUACUCAUACCAUUAUAAAUUGCAUCCAAAGUGUUAUUCCUUGAUAAGAGAAGCAAUCAAAUGUGAUGGUGUUAGAAAAAGGCUGUGCAAAGAUGCUGGUCCCUUCCAUCUAUCUUCAGUGUUGUCUGGGCAGAUUUCUUCUCUGCGAUAUAUAUAUAUGUGUGUGUAUAUAUGGUACUUGCUGCUAUUUUAAACUUUUCUAACUUAACAUAGCCAUACCUGAUUUCUUUCUCUGUUAUUUUACCAACAAUAUGUUUUUCUGACAGGAAAGCUAAGCAAGAUUUAACCAAGUUCCCAGUUCCCAGAAAAAGCCUACACACUCCACUUUUUUUACCUAUGAGCAGAAGAGAUAAGAUUGGGAGGCACUGAAUUUAGAUUUAAAUAUGCCAUCUGUUAUUUUUUGCAAAGCCACUCAGCAGGUCAUACAUACUCUUUUCUUUUACAAUGUAUUUCUUACUAAGUGCUCUUUCAAACGGAAUUAAAAAUAAAGAAAAAUCUU